AUGGACCCUAGCCCCGACGCCGAUAACUCGGCGCCGACUUCGGCUGACUUCCCUCUUCGUCACCCAAUGGGUCGUGGUCUCAGCUUCACUCUAGAGUGGGAAGACUUCUUAGAUCUUCGCAACCACAAGAUAGAGUUCAACGACGGAUGUUUGGGUUUCGGCAUCAGGACCUCAAUCCGGCACAUCGACCCGCAGACCGGUAAAGGGUAUCACCGCGACGAGGCCGCCCGCGUGCUAAAGCGACAAAUUCACGCCAUCUCCCCACUCCUCUCCCCAUUCCUCUCUCCACUCCUCCCCACCCCUCUCCCCACUCCUCCCACUCCCCUUCCCACUCCUCUCCCCACUCCUCUCCCCGUUCCCCUCCCCACUCCACUCCCGUUCCCUCUCUCCUCAACCAUCCCUCCACCAGGAGAGCUGGGCAUACCGCUAUCCACGAGAUGCGCUGCUCCAGGCAGGCUACAAGCGCAAGGCCCUUCUGUCAUUGCCUCGGUCUCCCAAGUCCUCUCCUCACUGCCCUCCCCACUCCUGAUUCCGCCAUCCCCUCACCAGGAGAGCUGGACGUACCGCUAUCCACCAGAUGCCCUGCUGCGGGCAGGCUACGAGCCCAUGGCUCUACCGCCAUCUGGAGGACGGGGCAACGGCAGCACAUGCAGUGGGGAGGGCGAGGGGGCAAGGCUGGGUGCUGCCCACGUGGAGGCUGUUGAUUGGGCGGACCGGCUGGGCAGCCUGAUUCAGUACCACUGUGCUGGCUUCCUCAAUAACGGGCGGCAGGUGAGGGGUGGGGGGCUUUAG